AUGCAGCGUCACUUCCGUCUCCUCCUUAGCAAGGCAAGAUGGCGGCCGUCGUAGAGAGAGUUGAUGGAUGUGUUGGGUCCUUGGACUCAGACGCGGUGUCACCGAGACAGUCCACCCCUCCACCGGACCAGCCGCACCAGAACAACCCGCUGUUGGGACUCCCCAUUGUGGCCAUCGAUGCUAUUCUGAAUUUUCUGACCUACGACGAAAUCAGCCUGCUGCGCUCGGUGUGUAAGCGCAUGGACGUGAUCUGCCAGCGCGUCCUGAACCAGGGCUUCCUGAAGGUGGAGCGGUACCACAGUCUGUGCCAGAGGCAAGUCAAAGCCCAGCUGCCCAGGCGAGAGUCGGAGAGGAGGAACCAUUCCCUGGCCCGCCACGCCGACAUCCUGGCCGCCGUGGAGACACGCCUCUCUCUGCUCAACAUGACCUUCAUGAAAUACGUCGACUCCAACCUCUGCUGCUUCAUACCCGGAAAGGUGAUAGAUGAGAUUUACCGCGUGCUGCGCUACGUGAACUCCACUCGGGCCCCACAGCGAGCUCACGAGGUUCUGCAGGAACUGAGGGAUAUCUCCUCCAUGGCCAUGGAGUACUUUGACGAGAAGAUUGUCCCCAUCCUGAAGAAGAAGCUGCCGGGGGCGGACCUGUCCGGACGCCUCAUUGGCUCCACACCAGUGGCCGGUCCAUCCACCUCCCUGACCACCAUGUCCCUGUUGGCCAAGAACACGCCGUCGCGCUCGGAGAUGACCAAGGUGCAGCAGCAGGUAAAGGUGAACGGCGCGUCGAUGACGGUGCUGCGCCGGGAGAUGCAGGAGAUCCGCGUCAAGCAGCUGGAGCAGCAGAAGCAGCUGCAGGACCAGGAGCAGAAGCUGCUGGAACAGACCCAGGUGAUCGGCGAGCAGAAUGCCCGCCUCGCCGAGCUGGAGCACAAGCUCCGCGAACUGAUGGAGAGCAGUGCCGCCGCCCUGGGCGGAGCCCGGCCCGGGGCCACGGCCCCCUCCACAUCCAGCAGCACCGCCGCAGUGGCCCCCACGCCCGCCGCCCCCUUGGCCCCCAAUACCGUGUUGGCCGGUGGCAGCGCCGGCGCCGCGUCUCUAUCCAGAGAGCCAGAGGGAGACGGAGGAUCAUCACUCAAACGCACCAGAAAGAGCUCGGAGCACCCGCGACAGUCCAAACGGCUGCGCCGCAAGAAAUAAGAGACUCCGUGUGUCGUUUAGUUGAAGUUUAGUUUUUGGUUUCGAGGUCUGACUGAUCACACCUUCUCCCAAAUCCCCCGUGUCUUUGCCCCCCCCGCAACACCCAUCAGAAUCCGAAUAUAGGCAGGUGGUCGGGCCGGUGCAGCGAAGACUAUUUAUUGAAGAUUACGUUAAAAUCACUGUAAAGCUUUUUAAUGUAGAUGCUUUUCUAACAGGCUUAUGUAUGCCAAAAAAGUUGGUAGGGCUCAACAGAAAUUCAGAUGGUGGGUUAAUUUGGUCGACAGAAGUCACAUGUCACGUAAUAUUAAUGUAGUCCCUCCGUGUUUGUGAAAUCAAAUCUACCAAUAGAUUUCAUUUCAUAAACCUACACGAUUAAGAGGAUAUGCCAGUAAAAAUGCAUGAAAGUCCUGACAGUCCUUGCAUCACAAUAACCCAAGCUUAAAUUAAUAACCUGCUGGAAGUUUCAUGUUCAGGGUAAUCAGUGAUGGGUGGAAGCAUUGGUUUCAUUCAGACGUUCUUCCUAACUUUGGCUAAGUGCAAUAAAAAUCAUCUAGAAAGUAAGAUGCAAUUGAUAUUCCUUGCCAGCUUGGUGGGUCAGUCCAAACUCUUAGCUCAGGUCGAUGUGACCAGGUUUUGAAUCGCCAUAAAAAGAAGAGACGGGGUGUUCUAGAAGGAAAAAGGCAGUGUUCAGGUUGCAUUAGUCAAAGUGUGACCUGUCUCGUGUGGAAAUAUUCAUUUCUUUAAAAAGUGUUUCCAGCGAGACAGCACCUGGUGUCCAUGCUUCUCUUUUACUGUAUGGAAACUAUAAACUGCUCUCCAAUGGAUCAUACCAGUGUUUUGACACAUUUCAGCCUUUUUAAUACAAAUAAUGCACAGCUCACAACUUUUUUUUUUUUUUUCAUAAGGUGUUGUGAAUUUUGAAUGUUUUUGUACUUUCUGGAUAUUAGGGGUGGAAAAAAUAAUUCUAGAUGCAUUGCGAUUCUCUCUAGAACGAUUUGAUGCUCAAUUCUGAUAUUAAUCAAUUAUUUUAAAAAAAAGUGUUGAUUUUUUUAAAAAAGUUACCGUCUCCAGACAUGUAGAAAUCAGAAAACCCAGUGACUAGAAGAGGACGGGAUAAUGGACAACAACUUAGAGUUUAGGCAAGAGGGCAGAACAAAAAACACAAUAAUGGCCAAAAGGAAAGAAAACCAAUUAUGUAUAUAUACACAUGAUCUAAUAAGACAGUCAUAAAAUAAUUAGGCAAACAUAAAGGCGGCUGUUCUACUUUAUCACAUUACGUCUGACCCCCUCACGUUUCCUGUUCUCCACCUUUAAACAUGACUCCGCCCCCAUGGAAGACCACUGGGAGAGAAGGUGACUCGGCAUGUUUAAGGCUGAAGCAUGGGGUGACUCCACAAUAAAAACCUCGGUAGACAAAACGUUUCAUCACAACUUGUGUGUGACAAAUAAAUGUCAAAAUGUAUAUUUUUAAAAAAAUCAUGCAUGGAAAUGUACAUCGAAGAAGUGUUGCAUCGAUAAUCGGUUUAGUAUUGAAUCGUUAAUCUCUGAAUCGCAUUGAGUUUUUUAUUUUUAUUUAUUUUUUUAACACAGCUUGUUGAAAUCAUUAUUCCUAUAAUCUGAUAAAAUAUAUUAAUUCAAGUUUCACUUACUGGCUUUUUGCCCAGGGCUUUCAGCCACAGCCUGAAGAAAUAGUGGGUCAAACGUGAGUUAAGAUAAUUUUUCUCACAUUGGAAUUGGUAGUUUGAAGACAAAGAUGUAGUUAAAGGCUCUGGCAAUUUUAUAGAUUUUUUUUCCAUCAAACUUUAAUUUUUUUUUUUAGAUCCACUUCCUAUCUUUUUUAUUAUUUUUUUUCCCCCAGUUUUCCGUCUGCCUCUCUCAGCCUUCAGUAGAGUUUGGUGUAGUUCCAUGGCUAAGAGCAAACUGCUUUCCUUGAGACGGAGUCGAGGUUCUGAUUUCUCCCAGCAUGCACCUGCUGGACUCUGACACUCAGUUGCUGUUUCCAAGUCUUAAUCAUUUGUAGUAAAUGGGUUGAAACGGAGAAAAACACUUGUAUGGUCCCUAAAAGUCAAGAAGAAAUGAUGUUUAAAAGAAUACUGUAUGUGUAAUGGCAUUUAAAGGGUCUGUUCACACAUUUUCUCGCCUCUUCUCCAGUGCCAUGCAGGUGGCUUAUCUUUUCUUGUCCAUGUUUAGAGACGUCUUCUGCCUCCAUUAACAGGUUUUAGCCUAACUGCGCGGACAGCUGCCGCCAGAGGGUAAGUGAGAAAAUCUAUCUUUGACCUUUUGAAAUGUUGUUUUUCUUUUCUGAUGUCACACCAACUUUGAAAUCAUUUAGUGUUAAGGAAGUGCUGGAAGUUGGGACUGGUGUGGAGUUACAGCAGAGGGGGGGCUAGACGUGUUGUACAUUUGAGCUCAGAGGAAGAUAUUGGAGUCCCCCCCCCGGCGGUGCUCUCCUCUGGCCUUGCUCGGCCGGGUGAGCCCUCAGCCCGUCCUGGGGCUGCGCUCUUGUUCCCUUUGUUUUCCCGUUUUCUGUUUGGAUGACCCGAACCUCUCAUGGCAUGAACAUCUUCGGUAAAGAAACUUUGGACAUGCAGUUCACGUCUUGCUGAACACUAGCGCAUAUUCUAAAGACACUGGGCAGAAAAAACACAAGAUGUUAUCUAGUGGCUUAAUUUGAGACUGCGUCUCAGUUUAGGAAACUGUACUGUAAUCUUCAUGUACUUUAAAGUGUAGAUUGUGAAUUAUUUCAUGUAUGUACACCAAGGAAACUAUCUUUUGAGUUGGCCGACUUGGGGCUAACUGUACGGUUUUUGUUGCACACAUUGCUGUUACAAAUGUAAAAAUCCUAUUAAAAACUCAACUUA